AUGGUUAGUUCCGUUGUUUCUAACCCUAAUGAACGACUUGUUAAUAACAGGGUCGACAAUGAUUUGGAGUCUGUUGAUGAUAGUUUAUCCUCCCAGACCAAGUCCUAUUCUGGUUUAACUAGGAGGCUUCUUUUGGCCGUUGUUGUCCUUUUCUUUUUAGCUGGAGUCUCCGUUGUUUCUUAUUUUCUCUUUAGUAAAUACAAGAUGUUGAAUAAGUUUAAGAAGGACUUGGAUGACCAUUUGACUAGGGACUUCCCGAACUUGGAAAAGGCUAAGCGUGACACUUGUUUCGAGGAAUUGACUAGGUUGUUUGGCGACGGUUUCUUAUCUGAUGAUCCUAAGCUUGAAUACGAGGUCUACCGUGAAUUUGAAGAGUUUAACUUCAAAUACAAUAGGCGUCACGUCAAUCAACAAGAGCGUCUCAACAGGCUUGUAACUUUCCGUUCCAACUAUCUUGAGGUUCUCGAACAGAAAGGUGAUGAGGCUUAUGUUAAGGGUAUCAACAGAUUCAGUGACCUCACUGAAAAAGAAUUCUAUAGACUAUUCCCAUCCAGAAAAUUUUCUUACUUUAAUUUGCCAUACAACGAUCAUAUAUUAGAUCACGUUUCAAAUACCACUUAUUUAAAAAAUUUGAAAAAGGCCUUAAAUACAAAUGAGGAUGUUGACCCUAAAAAGCUAACUGGAGAAGGCCUUGAUUGGAGGAAGGCCAAUGGAGUUACCAGGGUUAAGGAUCAAGACUUUACACUUUGUUAUUCAUGCUGGGCCUUCUCAACUGUGGCUUCAAUUGAAAGCCUGUAUAGAGUUUACAGGGACGAAACAGUUGACUUGAGUGAACAGGAGUUGGUGGAUUGCGACAAAUUCAGCAAUGGAUGUUACACAGGCUCACCUUUCACCGCCAUGGAAUACGUCUGUUCAAAUGGUUUAUCAUCAUCGAGUGAUGUACCAUAUACAGCUAAAGUAGGAAAAUGCAAUUAUACCAAAAAUAAAAAGAAAUUUGUAAAUACAUACUUUGUGAAUAGCGGACUGGAUAUAUUAAACAAAUCGCUUGUGGUUUCACCCACAAUUGUUCCAAUUAAUUUAUCGCAUGAUUUUGUAAAAUAUAAAAGCGGAGUUUACAACGGAAAGUGUGGUCACUACCCAAAUCACGUAGUCUUGCUGGUGGGGGAAGGAUACGAUAAAAAAACAGGUAUGAGGUACUGGAUAAUUAAGAACUCAUGGGGAGAAGAUUGGGGCGAAAACGGCUUCCUAAGAUUGGCACGUAAUAAGGGUAUGGACAACACCUGUGGAAUAUUGUCAGUGGGAAUAACACCAGUGUUAUACUCAUCUUAG